UUUCAAAGACCAUUUACACAAACUCACAAACAGACUUCCAACCCUCUACACGACGAACACUCCUUACCAACAUUAAUCGACACUGAUACUGAUACGCUCCACCCAAAUCUGUACAUAAGUGCAAACACGCGGGGUUACUGGUAAAGUCCUUUUAGACUUCAUACUGGACGAUAUCAUAUUCAAACACAGCUGCAGUGCUGAGGAAAGGCUGAGCUGAGAGCACUUGACGGUUUCCAGCGGCAGAAAGAAGACGGCAACAUGGCGGCCACGUUGUGUCAGGGUUUAGGCUUCGUUUUGAGUUUGAUAGGAAUAGCGGGAAUAAUCGCCGCGACGGGGAUGGACCAGUGGGCCACACAAGACCUCUUUGACAACGUCGUGACAGCCGUGUACUCGUACUCGGGCCUGUGGAGGUCCUGUGUUAGGCAGAGCUCCGGCUUCACAGAGUGUCGACCAUACUUCACCAUCCUCGGCCUGCCAGCUCUGCUCCAAGCCGUCCGAGCCUUGAUGAUUGUUGGGAUUGUCCUUGGCGCUAUCGGCUUACUGAUCGCCAUAUUCUCGCUGAAGUGCUUGAAAAUGGGGAACAUGGAGGACAACUUGAAAGCCACCAUGACUCUGUCGGCUGGGAUCAUGCUUCUCCUUGCAGGUGUCUGUGGGAUUGCUGGGGUGUCAGCCUUUGCUAAUUUGAUUGUACAAAGUUUUCAGUUCACUACAUUUGCCAGUGGAUUCAGCAGUACAGGCAAUGUUGGUGGACUAACGGGAGCUCUGACGCCAAGGUAUACUUUUGGCCCUGCACUUUUCGUGGGUUGGAUCGGUGGCGCUAUCUUGUUCAUCGGUGGCAUCUUGAUGUGCCUGGCCUGCCGUGCAAUGACACCAGAGAAACACCGGUAUGAUGGGAUGGCCUACAAAGCUGCCUCCCAGAACACGAUGUACAGGCCUGACACCAGAUCCCGGCCCGUCUACAACGACUCCUACAAAGCUCAGAGUACGGAUGAAAGGCAGACAAACCAGAGGUUUGACUACGUGUAGAACCAUGUCUGUUUUAAUAGGCUCUGUGAUAACUUUUCUACAUUCAGCAUUCAUUUUUUAUUUCUCUCUACUUUAAUUUGGAAGACCGGUUUCAGGCCUAAUUUCAUGUUACUUUUUCAAAUGUAAUCACAAUUAUAAAGUCUGUGCUGUAUAUUUUGUAUGUGUGUCUGUGUUAAAUAAAAGGUGAUUCUUACCUGUUCUGACACUAAAUUCAGUAGCACAACACAUAACGCAUAUAUUAAACUCAGUGGAGGAAUGUGCAAAUGUAAUGUUUGACAGGGAUAAAAAAUAAAAAUUAAAACAAAGGGAUAUUUGCACAGGUUCUUGUGAAAUCUACCCAAUAGGGAAGCACUAAGAUGCAAUACGACAACUACUACUACCUACUGCUCCCACAGAAAUUAAGAGGCUAAGAAGCAUCCAUAUGCUAAUUAAAUGUACUUGAUUUACUGAUUAUCAGCAAGUGUGAGCGCCUCUACAAAAGCAGAGGUUUUGGCAGUUUGCUGCUCUCGAGCUGUCGGACGUGUGUUGACAUAAUGUCCCUGCAAAUUCACCUCAAGGUCAGAUUGUACAGUGCUCAGAGAUGUUGGAAAACUCCAGCAGCUACAUCUCAGAAUCCACAGUCUUUAGUUAUUAUGUAAAUGUUAAAGUUCAUGACAGUUAAAUUAGAAAAACACUGAACAAGUAUGGCUCUUCCAAGCAGAGGUGUUCAUACAUCCGUCAGCACGGUGUGUGAAGGGUGAUGAGUUGUUGUGAAAUUCUUCCACAACAACGUGAGACUGACUCAUACAGAAAAUCAUUCAAGUUACUGAAUCAUGAGGUGGAGUUUAGUUUUUCACAGGAACAGAGUCUUGCGAAAACGUUCUUUUUCACAUGACCCACCUCUUGUUUUAAAUGCUCCAAAGUUUUUUUUAACAGUUUUGUUUGUGAUAUUAUGUCAGUAACGUAUCUUCUACUUACUUGGAUGAAGGUCUGUUUCCAGGUUGGGGCUUUCCAGUCAAAGUCUUAAUAGACAAACCUUUGCUAUGCCUUUCAAGGAAUUUAGACACACAUCAGCUCAGUGGAACCACUGUUAAAUUGUAUCUGAGAGCCUCUUUAAGUGAACCUUUCUUUUCUUUACAAAGUCUUACAGAGUCUCUUUAUGGACCCUUCCUUAACAUCAUACUAUUUUUUUCAAAAUGCAGCUGCUGUUGCCAGCUAGCUUAGUCAACGUUAGCAUUAGCAAAUUAGCAUUAGCUUGCUAAUGCAUCCCCAUUUUGAACUGGAGUGGAAAAGAUAACAUGUUUGCCACAUUAACCUGAUACUUUAAUAAAUAAACAAAUAAUAAAUAAAUAAAAAUAGCAAAUGUCAUCUAAUUCUUGCCUAACUGACCAAAAGUUGUUGUUGGUACUAUUGGUUAAAUGGAAUUAAAGUUUAUUUUAUGAAUGUAUUUUUUUUUAAUGUGCAUUCAUACAUGCAGCAAAGUCAUACCUGCUCUAACAUGACUAACCUUAAGGCCUUUUAUCCAACUAAAACUACUGUUUUAGGGAUUAUUUUACAACCUAUAAAAAUACAAUGGCUUUGUUUUUACAGAGGCUAAUAUAGCUUCUGGGUCUGAAAAGUAAAACAAAUGCAAAUGUAUUUUGAAGGGGCCACUCUUCUGGUUGCAAAAAGAAAUAAUCUCAGUCAGAAUCUGAUAGACAACUCAGCAAGUGUUAUAAAAUAUCAAGAUCUGCUACUGUUUUCCAGACAGGACUUUAUUAGCCAGAGCUCCCUCCUCACCAUACAGUCUAUGAGCCAUAUAUACUGAAGUGUUUACUUUCUAGGACAUUGGUUAUGUUCUAAUGGUGCAGCGACAUUUAGUAGGUUUGUACAGUUUGAAACUAACCAGUGGAAAAUGAGUGUGAAGAGGCUUGUGAAAUGUACAUAUAAUGUAGUAAUUAAUUUAGGGACAGCUGAUUUUUCAUAACACUGCACCAUAGUUUUGACACUCUUAUACUUUGAAAGUUUUAACAUGAUUAAAUUUUCUGCACUUUGUAAAAUGUGUACUUGAAAGAAAUCUUGAGAAAAAUGAAAUUACAUUUAUCAAAAGCCAAAACAGUUUAUUUCUGCUUUCAUACAAGUCAUGCUCCAACCAUCUGAAACAACACUCAUAUUGAUUAUUGUGUUGUUUAUCCUAUUAGCGUUAUCAAAACAAGUGGUCAUCAGUUACAUGUUAUCUCUUGCCCUGCAGCGCCCAAUGAUAAAUAAAAUUACUUCCACAUUG